AUGGAGUCUGAUUCUGAUCGCGGGCAAGAGGAAUCUGACACAGAGAACACAGAUACUACAGACGAGGAACCGGUGUCUGAAUCGUCUUCUGAGAGCUUGGAUGUGUCCUCUGACAGUGAGGAAGAUGAGACUUCCAGAAAACUACGGAUAGCCAAACCCUCAUCCUGCACCAAGUCCUCCCAAACAUCCGAGCUUGCCGGAGACCAGAUUGAAGCGGAAGCGCUCACACUCAUCAAACGAACCGGACUUGAACGCAUUGUCGUGCCUGGAAACGACCCGGAUCGCCGAUCGCCAGAUCGCCAGGUGUGGGUGCACCUCGAGGGUCGAUGGGAUCAUAAUCAGAAUGUGGGCGGGGCCUCCUCCCAGUGGGGCGGGGCUCCUCCUAGCUCCCGUCCGGGCCGCCCCCCCAAGCGCUGCUCCGGCGCCGGGAUCCAGGAGAGUCCGCGGCUGCUGCACCCGGGCCUGCCGGGCCUGCUGUCCCCCAACCUGCUGUCCCACACAGGCCUCACAGCAGCAGCCAUGGCUGAGCUGCAGAAGCUGCAGAAGAUGAAGAUGAUGAUGAGUCUCCAGAACGGCAACGAGUCCGACAACGACGACAUGCACUCCAACACAGGGGGGAGCGAGUGUUCCUGGGAUAAGGAGCGUCUGACCAGCCCGCCCGCCGGGGCCCACGGGGGAGGACCAGGAGGAGGAGGAGGAGGAGUCCCGGCACUGGGGGGCGGAGCUGCAGGAGCAGGAGGCCCCGGGCGGGGCCCCGGACUGACAGCUGUCAAUCAACAACAGCUCCAGCAGCAGCAGCUACUGGCCAACAGGUUGGACCUGCCCUUCAUGAUGAUGCCCCACCCGUUGCUGCCCAUGGGGCUGCCGCCCGCCUCCGUUGCCAUGGCGAUGUCUCAGAUGAACCACCUCAACACCAUCGCCAACAUGGCCGCCGCGGCGCAGCAGAUCCACACCCACGUCCACCGCGCGCCCGUCAUCAAGGAGCGGGUUUGUGACAGUCCGUCUCUGUCUCCAUCUGUCGAUGACAACAACACUCCUCUGCAGUCGCAGCCCAGCAGCUCGGCCUCCAGCUCGCCGGAGAGACUGGGACUGGUGUCGGCGGAUGCUGAUGUUGCUCUGACCAACUCUGCUGCUCCCAUCAAGAAGAUGACAAAGGACAAAGAAGAGUCUUCGCUGGGUCAGAGUCUGCCGCCCGGAUUCCCGGCUCCGUUCCUGUUCGCCGACGGCCUGUCGUCGGUGGAGACCCUGCUCACCAACAUACAGGGCCUGCUGAAGGUGGCCGUGGAGAACGCCCGGGCGCAGGACAAACAGAUCCAGGCGGAGAAGCGGGAGCUGAAGAUGGAGCUGUACAGGGAGCGGGAGAUGAGGGAGAGUCUGGAGCGGCAGCUCAACUCGGAGCUGCAGAGCCGAGCCUCCAUCCAGAAGCGACUGAAGAAAGAGAAGAAGGCCAAGAGGAAGCUGCAGGAGGCGCUGGAGUUCGAGUCCAAGAGGAGGGAGAGGGUGGAGGACGCUCUCAAACACUCGUCCUCGUCCUCCCCGUCUCCCGAGCCGCUGCACGCCGCCAACAACGCCACCAUCAACGCCACCAUCAACGACGCCGCUGCAGUCGAGGACAAACCUGAGCUUAAUGGAAACCAGCAAGACAACGGCGCUAUACAAGAGUCCCGGCCGUUCCUGAAGACCCCGAUGAUGUUCUAAGGAAGGGAGACCGCCGCCCCGCAGACGCCUCGCCCACUCCCCCCCCCGUCCCUGCACCCCUGGACAUCUCCAGAACCCCUGGACGUCUCCAGAACCACCGACCCGACCCGGACCUUCAACCAUCCCCUCCCCGGGGCCCGGGUCGCUGCUGCAGGGACACCAACCCAUCAGACUACUAAGAUACUAAGAGACACUAAGGCUCCUUCUCUCUGGACUAGUUUGGGGGUCUGUCUAUAUUCUCUUUAUCCUCUUUUUAAACCCCAUUCAUCCCUCGUUUUUCUGCCCCGACUCCAGAGCUUCUUAAACCUCCUUUUAGUUUGAAAAACUGGACUAGAAACGGGACGAACGAACGGACCUCUGACCCGGACCUAAUCAGCCCGUCAGAGGAGCUCAGGACGGGACGGGAAGAAGAAAAGAGAUUUUAAAAGAGGAGUGUAAAAAUAAAAUAUUAGGGGGGAAAAAGUGAAGGAAAACAGAGGAAGGAGAAGAACUCUAUUUCUGUCCCUCAUGUUUGAUCGUUGUUUUCCAAACAGGGACGGAGGAGAAAGAAUGCAUGGGAAAACAUUUGUCAUUGGUCUUAUUUUAAAACCCUUCCUCGUCUCCUCACCUCCGACUCUCUCUCCUCCUCCUCCUCCGUUCUUUUCUUUACUCUUCCUCCUUCUAGGCAUCUUUUUUGGCACAAUUCCCCCCCUUUCUCCUCUUCUACAUCCCUUCCUUUUCCUCCUCUUCUCUGCAGAGGUUCUUGAAAACGCUGGACGCGGCGUUUCAAUGUAAGAAGAAUUUUCUAUUACCCUUAAAAAAAACUAAACAAACAAAAACAAACUGUGGAAACAAAACGCUUCUGAAGAGACGCAAAAGUUCAAAAAAAACAAUUUUUUUAUUCCGACGGAGUGAUUUUUAGACAUGAUGUCAUCCCGGAGGUGAAUCCUCUUCUUCCCUCGAUGUUGGACCUUUUCACCUUUUGACUCUUGGUUUCCCCCCCGAGACCACGCCCCCACCGUUUCUGGCGUUGCCGUCGGCAACCGUCGCCGAGCGUCGGACACCAGAAACCGCCGAUAUUCUGGAUUCUCUGAGCUACUAAAAGUGCAGAUGUUGUGUUGAAGUUCUGUUGACUCCACUGCGUGUUUUGUUUCUUUGUUGAUUACUAUUUGAGAAGUGUCAGGGAGGAUG